ACAUUAGACUGGUUUAAGAGCUCGAGUUAAGCGCACCGACGGGGAAUAAAGUCAGACGUCCGAUCCUCCAGCAAGUGUGAACCACCAAGAAAGUGCUAAAAUAACAUUCCAGCUAAUUAUAUAAAAUCAUUUUUGGCGUUAAUACACUUAUAUUCCCAAUGGCUGGCAAAUAUAACACUCAAAUGAUCCUGUUCAGCUGCAGCUUGGCUGUGCUUCUGAGCCUCUCGGAAGCCCUUCCUCGCUACAGUCGCCCCAGGGAUCUGGCUUCCGCCGGCAGCGCCCCCAGCUUCGCCUAUGCCCCCAGUCCCCAGGAACCCAUGACCCUCACCGGCAACUACAACCUGAUCAUGCCCGACUACUAUGACCACCAUCCGGCCGAGUCCAUGCAGCUGCAGAACUUCGCCGACUUCUACGACGCCCAGAUGAGCCCCGACUCCGAUCUGGGCAUGGAGGAGUCCCAGUUCCUGAGCCACACUCCUGUGAGGGCGCCCCAGCCUCUGACCGCCCAGGAGAAGCGGGCCCGCCAGCAGGUCCCCCACGUGGACGUCAACCGGGAGAAGAAGGCGCUGCUCAAGCUGAAGAAGGGCAGCACCCAGCCCAGGGGAGCCGACCACCAGGAGUGGGACCAGUUCGACUACGAUCUGUACAGCCUCAAUCCCGGCAACAGCAAGAAGUACAACUACGAUGCCUAGAUGGAUGGGGCAUUCCCCUCCAGCCCGACUGUGUAUGUUUAUGUUUUUGUUUUCGUUUGGUUUAAGCUCACAAAUAAAUUAUUUAUUUAUUGUUAACUGCAA